UAAAACUUUGUUUUGGUCCUCAGACAUUAUUAUCGAAGCUACAUCUGUUGUCUGCAAUUUUUGUCAUGUUAGAGAAAAAUGAGACGAGGAUUUGAGCAGGAGAAUCUAUUCACUUUGUCUAAACAUGCUACAGAAUUUAAAAAUAAGGUUAGAGUCUUAAUUGAGAAUGAGGAAGAGAGAGUUUCAUUUUAUGAAGCCCUGAAGGGAUACCAAGCGUCAAACUCACCUACAAAACUUGUUAGUGAACUAAGGUCUGUGAUUAAUACUCCCAAGAGGUACCCACUCUUCAGAGAAGUGAGGCAUGUGAUUAACCCAGCAGAUGCUACUACUUACCAGAAUUUGAUUCCAAAGUCACCAAGUGAUGGAAUACGUCUUAUCAAGCUGCAGCAUGUUGGAAAUAAUGCUAUUGGACUCAGUGUUCGAGGAGGUAGAGAGCAUGGGGUUGGAAUCUUUGUGUCCCUUGUUUCACGGGGUUCACAAGCAGACAUUGUUGGUUUAAAGGCUGGUGAUGAGAUUUUAAGUAUUAAUGGAUUGUACCUUGGGGAAGCCACACAUGGAGAGGUAGUCAACAUCUUAAGGUCACACAAUAAUCUUCUCCUGAAAGUAAGAACUACAGGAAAAGUUCCCUGUAAGAUACAUGAUAUUAUUACUUGGGAGACUGCAGAAGGAAAAGAGAAUGUUUAUUAUCAUCCUGAUUUACUGGAUUAUCUGAUCAAAGAAGGAGAUUUCAGAGAUGAGCCCAGAUUUGUGGCAGGUCCUGAUGAUAAGCAAGUUACCUUGGUGGUGGGACCCAAGGGAAUAGGAUGUAGUGUUCGAAAUGGAAUACCAGGCAAAGAAGGGCUGUUCAUUAUUUCAGUCACAUCUGGCUCAUUGGCUGACAAGACUGGAGCACGAAUCGGAGACCAGAUAGUGGCAGUGAAUGGCAAGAAUAUUAUGAAGUUGAGGUAUUCGGAGGCGGUCUACUUACUGAAGUCUUUUAAGGAAUUGGAGCUUGUUCUCCGACAUAGCAAGGAGGCCGAAAAGUUUAUAAUGGAUGAAAUUGCCAAACAGCAGCAAGACACUCUUCCAGAAUUUGCCAUCAAAACGCAGAUCCUUACUCGAAAGGCAGAGGAAAAAGAGAGACUGGAGAAAGCUAAAGAACAAAUGCACUUUAAUCAACUACUGCGUGCAAAGGAAAUAGAUGAAGAGGGAAAAGAAAAAGGCAAUAACCCUUUGGAGGAAAAACAGGAUAACGAAACAGAUAAAUCGAAGCAGGGAAGCCCCAGCCCUUCUCAACCUUCCCGCAAAUCCGUAGAAGUUGACAUGACGCCAAACACUAAGAAAAGAACUGCAUUCUCAGAAACUGUACGAGUAGUAGUCACAGAACCUAGUAAAAGCUACCAGGAAGAAACUGUAGUUGCUGAUGUACAUCCACCUCCCAGCCCUCCGGUCCCUCUCAGCCCACCCAUUUUGCAUCCCAGUAACACACAGUUUGAAGAUGAUGUGUUGGAGGGAAGAGAAGCACACUUUCUGUCGAUUGAAAAGGUGUCUGAAUUGGGUCUAGAGCUGGAGGAGCGUGAUGGUGGAAUAUUCGUUACAGAAGUUCAGGAACAUGGUUGCGUGGCAGUGCAUGGUGGAGUAUGCGCGGGAGAUCAAUUGCUAAAUGUGGAAGGCACAAGUCUUUUGGGUGUCACUGUGCAGGAAGCGCUCGAGGAACUGAACAAGGCUAUGAACAGGAAUUCGGAAAAUAUCGACCUCGUGGUGGCCAUAUCUUUGAAGAGAGGAAACCGGCGGCCAGUCCUCAGAAUUGGUAGCGUGGUUAGAAAACGAGAUCCAGUCACAGGAGCAGAAGUAUACGACACGUGGCUUUGAUUAACUCAUAACUAAAUGGAAGGAAAGCUAAAUGAAGACUUCUAGAAUAAUUUUUAAAAUUUAAAUUACCUUUUUGUAGCGAAUUAUGUUGCAGGACUUUAACACACCCAAAUCCACUUGUAAUAUUACAAAUGACUGAACCUUUAAAAGCAAAAACUGCAUUCCUGUCAAGGUUUCAUCAAGGUUUUAUUCGGCCUAUAGCGAACGCAAUUGACACGAGUUACUUUCCACAAAGUUAGAACAAAUAAAACAGUCACAUUGUUCAAAUGCAAACACGAAAAGGAACCCAAUGUCGUAGACAUAUUUUAGAAUCAUAAAUUUGUCCAUAUUUAUCAUUGUGCUUUAAUAGUUUGCACAUUAGUUUAUUUAUUACAGGGUCUGCAGACAAUGGCAGAAUUUUGUUUUCAAUGUUACAAAUUACAUGUCAGUGUUUCCAUGGUUCAGAGAGCACCUUGACCGAGUCACUCCUAAGAGUGACCAGCAUCUAAUUUCUCCUUACAAUAUCACUCCUGAAUCACACAUAAAGGUGAUGAGAAUAAAAGAAAUGAUCACAAUCCGAGGUAGCUCUUGAUUGUUAAACCAAUUCUCCUUGUCAGCACCUUGGGAAAUCUACAGGGAACAGUAGGGAGAAUAUACAUACUGAUGUUAGGGGUAUUGGGUUCAAAUCAAAACAUGUAAGAAUUGUUUCUCACAGAGAAUAGAGUAUGGAGGGAAAAACAAAAUAAGGGUAAUAAAUAUUACCUGUUAUAACUUCGAGUAAA